AUGUCUUCUGAGAAUGCUUUCCCACCUCCCGUGCUCCGACAAGCGGCACAGGAAGUUGCAACGCUUCUCAAGGAGCGCAAGGAAACCAUUUCGGUUGCCGAAACAGCUGCAGGCGGGCUUAUUUCUGCGGCCCUUUUGGCAACGCCUGGGGCAUCGCAGAUCUAUCGUGGGGGUUUGACCCUCUAUACGUUACCGAGCCGCAUUCAAUUCGCCGGAUGGACGGACGAGGAUAUCAAGUCCUAUGACGGGCCAACUCCUCAGAUUGUCGAGCGGCUCGCAGAUAAUGUACGCGCGAAGCUCGGUUCAACUUACACCGUCUCAGAGAGCGGGACGGCAGGUCCGACCGCGAGUGGGAAGGCCUCUAAUCGCCAACCGGGCUAUGUAGCACUUGCGGUCUCAGGAGGUGCAAGCGGAACGAUUUCCAAAGAGCUCAACACGGAAUAUGGGGCAGAUCGUCAGGCGAACAUGGUAGCGUUUGCGGUUGAGGCGCUUAAAUUGGUCAGAGAGGUGGUUACAGAAUCAGCAAAGAUAUAG